GGUUGAGCGGACACAGAGGGAGGAACAAGCAGUGAGCGGGGGCCAUUGGUUUUUUUAAAAAAUAUUCAUUAUUUUAUAAAAUUCAGCGGAUAAACUUUUGUGAUUAUUUAAACUUUGUACAUCGAUUGAAGGUAAAUAAGGAUGCCAGCUGCAAGGUUUCAGAAUGGAGAUUCUGUAAUGGGCCGUUGGCCCGGCAGUAACCUCUAUUAUGAGGUGAAGGUGCUAAAUUACGAUGCCAAGACCCGGCUCUACACCGUCAUCUACAAAGAUGGUACUGAGCUGGAGCUGAAGGAAUCUGACAUUACGAGUCUGACUGUGUUCAAGCAAGGUGUUACACGUUCUCGGUCGAGAUCCCGUUCUCGUUCCCGUUCACCAGCACGUACCCGUCGCAGUCGCUCCCGUUCUCCAGCAAGGACGUCCCGGCGCUCUUCCACUCGCACCACAGAGGCGCGCAGGGAAAAGCUCAAACAAGUACUGGAGGUCCGACUCACCCCAUUGGCAGUGCCAUACGAGAACAACAGCAACAGCAAACCUGAGAAGAAAGAGGAAAAUAAUACAGCUACCAAAGUCAUUGAGACUGAGACUGAAUCUGAGAACCAGGCAGGUGGGCGCUACAACCUACGGCGCAGGAAGGAUCAAGGUGAUGGGAAACCUGUAGAGCUGGAGAAAAAAGAGGAGCAGGCGUUAUCACAGGCUAAACCACCAGCUGCCAACAAGACAACUGAUCUGGAGUUCGGAGGAAGAGUUGGUGUUUCCCUCUUAAUGGUGCUCUUGCCCCUAGCUGUGUUGGCCCUGCUCAUUCUCUGUUGGCAGAAGGAUGCCAGUCUCCAGAGCUUCCCUCUUGAACUCCCUCCCCUACCGUCUUUAUGGGACUGCCAGGUCUUUGGCAUAGUCCUGCUCUGGCUUCUCUUCCAGGCUGUCCUCUCCCUGCUCCCUUUCGGAAAGCUCGUUGAAGGAAUGCCUCUCAAGAAUGGGAAAACUUUGAAGUACAGGAUUAAUGGUUUCUGUGCACUGGUCUUCACGGCUUUGGCAGUUGGUGUUGCUGUGUACCAGGAAGUGGAUCUCAGUUUCAUCCACGCUCACUUCCUGCAGUUCUUCACUUCUGCCCUUCUCAUCGCCACUCUUCUUAGCAUCUACCUGUUUGUCCGCUCACGCUGGGCAUCUGAUGAUGAGCUUGCUCCUGGAGGGAGCUCUGGUUAUGUAAUCUAUGACUUCUUCAUGGGCAGAGAGCUGAAUCCCCGCAUCAAAAACUUUGAUAUCAAGUUCUUCUGUGAAAUGCGCCCAGGGUUGAUGGGCUGGGUAUUGAUUAACUUUGCAAUGUUGCUUGCUGAGAUGAAGCACCAGAAUCUAGAAAACCCCUCUCCAGCGAUGCUCCUGGUCAACGCCUUCCAGCUCCUUUGGGUGGUUGAUGGCUUUUGGCAUGAGGAGAAACUUCUGACUAUGAUGGAUAUAGUGUACGAUGGCUUUGGAUUUAUGUUGGUUUUUGGAGAUCUGGUUUUUGUGCCGUUUACAUUCACCUGUCAGGCAUACUAUCUUGUCAAUCAUCCCAAUGAUCUCUCUGUUUUCUGGAUCACUACUCUCAUCACCAUGAAUGGAAUUGGAUACUACAUUUUCCGGAAAGCCAACUCUCAGAAAUUUGCCUUCAGGAAAAAUCCUUCUGACCCAGCAGUGUCUCACCUGAAAACUAUUCCUACUGCGACCGGAAAAAGUCUCAUUGUGUCUGGUCUCUGGGGGUUUGUCCGUCAUCCUAAUUACCUUGGUGACAUCCUCAUGGGUUUGGCCUGGUCCCUACCAUGUGGUUUCAACCAUUUGAUUCCCUACUUUUACCUGAUCUACUUGAUCACUCUGCUGGUACAUCGCAAUGCAAGAGACGAGCGUCAGUGCAGGAAAAAGUAUGGCUCAGCGUGGGAAGAGUACCGCAAAGCUGUCCCAUACCGCAUUUUUCCAGGGAUAUACUGAGAACUCAUGGACUCAAGCUGUUUUGGACACUCGGGGCAAAACAAAAUUUCCUCAGAAGGACACUUAACAUUAGACAGAGAUCGAGUCGUUCACUGUUAGCAGCUUGGCAAGUUUUUUAAUCAUUGAAGUUUUUUACAACUGAACAUCAAAUUUAAACAAUUCUCUGUCUUUUCGCAAAAAGUUUACAGAUUGUGGACAUUGCCCCAAAGUUUGACCUCUUUUAACAAUGUAUAUGAUUGUACAGAUGUUUUUUCUACUCAAAAGAUUGUUUUUCAGAAUUCAUUACUUCAUAGCAUAAUUUACCAUCUCAUCUUGUGUACCCAUAUACACAUUUUAAGUAUCUGCUUGGCUAUUUACCUUUGACAUUUUGUAAUGACAAUUUGUGUAAUGCUUUUGUAUAUUGUGAAUGAUGGGAUUUUUUUUCUUUUUCUUUUUUUAAUGUGUAUAGUAAGAAGAAGUGUAAUGUUCUUUCUCAGGACCAGAGAUUUGUUAAGAGACAAAACUAUAUUUUCUUAAUUUCUGCACAUAUUUAAUACAAAAUUUAGGUUUGGUUUGCAUUUUAGGCAUUAUGCACUAUGCUUGCUUUCUUUUAUCCAAAGUUCACAAAAUUUGGCUUUGCUACCUCAGAUUUUUCCAGUUGAAGAUGUAAAACUAGCUUUUUUUGGUCAAUUUGUUUGGGAAACACAACAGUUGUUUUUCCAGACACUAGAGGAAGUGUCUCAUUAAUAUCUUUUGAAAAAUCAUAAGGGUGCUGUGAACAAAAAUAAUGAGCUAAGAACUUAAUUCUUUCAAUUUAUGGGGUAGCAUAACUUUACAUUUUAAUUGAUGUUUUAAUUUAUAAAGACAAUGCACAGCUGUGAAUGUUUAAAUCAAGGCUUUUCUUAACUAAUGUAUUACUUUUGCAUAUCUUUUAUGCACUUGGACAUAAUGAUCGUCCUAAUAAGAGUAUGUGAGAAGUGUUUAUAGCUAAGAGGAGCUGUUAUUUUAUCACAGUACAGAGGCAUUGUCAAAUGUUAUUUAUUUGGUUAAUUUAGAGUGUUACUAUGUAAAGAAAAAAAAGUGCUAUCUGACAAGCAAUUUCUGUAAAAAUGCCAUUAUUCAUACACAUUAAUAAUUAAACUACUUUAGACAAA